AUGGCAGAAGUUAUCGGUAUAAUUUCCAGCGUCAUAACCAUUGUCAACCUGGCGAAGCCCACUGCUAGAUUUGUCGAAGCGCUGUAUAAAAUCGCCAAUGAUGACGGCUCAAGGGAGCACGAGAUCUUGUCUGUUGCGGAGCAUAUCGACUCUGCGUAUGAAACUAUUGAGCUCGCGCGAUUACGACUCAAAGACAACUAUGAUAGGAUCAAAGCAAUGGACCAUCCAGCUUCAAGGGUUGCCAAGUACAUCCAGAGAGGCAAUCUAAAAGAGUCAAUACGGAAACUCACGGAAUAUUUCGAGUGGCAGUUGACAAAGGCAGAGAAAGGAGUGAUGGACUCCACGUCAAGCAAUUUCAAAUUGGUGAACGGGAUGAAAUGGUACCUUUGGAUCAACACGGAAAUGACGACGAUUUUCACCACGUUGGAUAGGAUCGUGAUGUAUCUCUCCAUCAUGGGCCCCGUUCUAGAACUUGAGAUCACUACAUACCUGUUGGAUCGAGCAGAAGGAGAGAUAGCUGAUUUACUAAAAGUGCAGGUCCAUUCCCUGCGAGAUCAGCUUGAACACACCGAGAGGGCCGUCAACAAAGCGGUCCGCAGUAAGCGACUGCAGAAGAACCACGGGAAAGAUUUCAUUACAGAAUUCGAAGAUUGUGCAACGCUCCUCGUCCGUCUGUCAGAAAGCAUGCGCCGAACUGGAACUGUCCCUAGUUAUAAUAAGGAACGGAAGCAUGGCGAACGGAGAAGACGACAAAGACAUGCAUCGAGUCAAUCAUCAAGCAGCAGAGAUUCUCGCUCAACGUCGACAUCUGGGUCAUCGCAGCAGACCCAAACUACCACCGACUGCUCAUCGGUUGAGACGGCACCUAUGUUCACUUCAUAUCGUGUGUCUUAUACACAUCAUGCACCGCCGACACCACCCAUACACAUACAGCCAUCUGUGCAGUCGCGACAGACCCCUCCGAUGCCCCGUACGACCCAGAUGGCCCGGACACCAGAGCUAUCGACCCAGACUUCUAUAAAUGAUCGGCAGACAGAAGUGGGACGACAGAUCGAAGGAGGAUGGAUAAGAGUAUUUGGGGAACCAGAUGCACCACCUAUUAAGAUCAACGCAACUAUCGAUCCCCGCGUGUUCGGCAACUAUAUCCAAUUUCCAACAGCUCAGCAACUUAAUCUGGAGAUAGAGGAGCUGGAACAAGAUGAUGUUCAUCAUUCAUCACAGUCAAGAGAAUUCAAUAAUUGUGUGGGUCGCGUUAUGGGAAAGGUUUUAGGUAUAGAAUGGCGAGAAACGAGGCACUCGAAGCCUAUCAUGGUCGACUUUUGGGUUACAGACAGGUAUUUCAGUAACAUGACUGAGAAACUUAUACUUGGGAACGAGUUUGCAAAGAGGCUUCAUAGGAGUACCAAGAAUUAG